UGGCCGACUUUUAAAACGCACCGCUGCAAGAUAGGACCGACUAUGUCUACAUGUCCUGACACGGUUAAAGCACUAAAUGUCAAAUAUGCUGAGAAUUAGGAUGUUUUUGAACAGCUUUACCAAAAGUCUGAAGACUGAAAGAACGGUGGACUUUUAAAGCUUUUUAUAUAUCAAAACCUGGUAAAUAUUAUCAGCUCGAAGCAAUGGCCCUAUCCCAGAUCCAGUGCUUUGAUGAUAACCACGUCAACCCGCGGAUCCACGAGGCCAAACCGGAGUUCUUCUACUGCGAGGAGCAGCGUCUCGCGCUCGAAGCGCUCUUUCAGGAUGGUCGCGAUGCGUUCGUUAAGUACCUGGAGUCUCGCGGCCUGCGGGGUUUCCUCUCCGACCUAGAGCUGGAGACACUGACCGCCGCUCUAGAACCAUUUGACCCGCACUCGGAGCUUUUCUCGGGGGAGGCAGAGGACGAGUCGGAGCCCCUGUCGCUGCAGUACUGGCCGGAGGUCUCGGACACCUCUAUCCCGCAAAUGGACUUGGGCUGGCCUGACAGUGACUCGUACAGGGGGGUGACACGCACGUCAGUGUACACGCAGCCACCGAUGGAGGGCCAGGCCCACAUUAAAGAGGUGGUCAGAAAAAUGAUUGCACAGGCGCAGAAGAUGAUAGCAGUGGUGAUGGAUGUCUUCACUGACGUCGACAUCUUCAGAGAUCUGCUAGAUGCUGGGUUUAAAAGGAAGGUGUCUGUUUACAUCCUGCUGGAACGCACAAUGCUACCUCAUUUCCUGUCGAUGUGUCGGAGGGCCAGCAUGCAUGCCGGACACCUCAAGCAUCUUCGUGUACGCUGCACAGAUGGCACAGAGUUUUACACUCGGUACUCCACCAAGGUCACAGGGCAAAUGGGGCACAGGUUCAUGUUCAUUGAUGGAGACAAAGCUGUAUCUGGGUCAUACAGUUUCACGUGGAGGUCCUCAAGGCUGGAUAGAAAUCUCAUCACUGUUAUCACAGGCCAGGCUGUGGAUACCUUUGACCAACUGUUUCGCUUCAUGUAUAUGUCUUCUAGUUUUGUUGAGCUCCGCCAAGUCGCCACAGCACCUGAGCCUGAACCGGACACUCGACAUCAGGUUUUAUCUGUGGCUCCUCCUUCUGCUGCUAUUGCUAGAAAACUAUACAACCCCAUGUACGCCCUUGUUGCUUUAAGUAGCCCCAGCCCUGUGAACUCAAAUGGCCAUGAUAGCCCCAAAGAGCCUGAAAUUUCAGAGGACCCCAAAAAUAAGAAGAAGCGAAAGAGAAUACAUGAAGAACUCCCACAGAAUGCUCCUCCUCUCCAUCCCGGACUAAUAAAUCUAGAGAAAGCAAACUUAAUCUCAUACCUGCCCAUCUGGCCAGAACCUGAUCCACCAAGGGAUGUGAUAGGGUUCAUUAAUAUUCGGGAUUCUAAGAAAACAGCUCAAGUUCAUCUGCAACGCUCUGAGAUGUUUGAAACCAGCCAAGCAAUUAAGUUUAGCUGUACAAUCAGCAAUCCACAGGAAACUUUGCCAGAGGUCGCAAUGCCCAGAAAAUUAACUGCACAAAGUGAAUCAAAGACUGAAAAUUUGUUAGUCGAUAAAGCAAAACCAGAACAGAAAAGUGUAGGUCUUGUUGACAACAAUAUUAAAACAGUUGCACCUGAACAAAGCUCACCUUUGUAUAGACACAAGCUAAAUUCCGAUAAGGACGAAACUAAAGUUGUCAGAACGGAGAACAAACUAUGUUCAAACAUGACCACAAGUCCAGAUUCAGGUCUACUUGAUCUUAGUCCACAGGCACGACCCCAAUCUAGCAUUAAAGCACUCACACCUAAAAAUGAACAACCUCCACAUGAAGCCCAAAUUGUCUCCACAACCACUUUGUCUGAGCCCCUCAUACUAUUUAAAUCUGUAAAAGAACCUGAAAUUCUGACUUUUUUAAAAAUACAAUGUACUUUUAUGGAUGAAACAAACACCCAGGAGUCAAACGCUGCACAAAAAUCUCAAAUGCAGAAACUAACUCAAUUAAAUACAGAAGACACAGAAGAAAAGACUAUUGUAUCACAACAAGAUUCACACACUAAUACUGUUAAUAUGCAGGUUAAAAUCUCUUCAGAAGAGUCUCGUAACUUCCAAUACCCUAGCAGACCAGUGCACAUUGCUACUUAUUCUGCUUCUACUACAGUGCUCUCAACCACAACUGACAGUUCUUGUAAUUCUCGUCCCUCUACUAGCUCACCUUCUAUUCUUUCUCACUCUACAUCAUCUUUUCCAGCAUUACCUUUACUCCCAUCCUCUUUAUCUUCUUGUAAAAGUUCUGUUGCUCUAGACUCUAAACCUCAUACUGACCAACUAUUUAAACAAGAUAGCAUCGAUAGCAAGACGGUACCAGAUAUCUCUCUUGUCAAGAGGUCUGAAACCAGUUUAGGACAACAAAUUGUUGAUGAUGUGUCAGCUCUGGCAAGUGUGGUGCAAACAUCCCCUGUAAAACAUCUUGAGAGUGCCCAAGAACUGCACAAGAACAGUGUCAGUAAAACAGGAGAUCAAAAACACACAGAGAACACAAAUAUUCCUAAAGAUGCCAAACAGGAAACAGAGACUGUCAUUUCCCAAGAGACAAAAAGUAAGGAAGCUGAUGAAAAAGACAAUGGAAGAAAAGGCGUGCAGUCCAUCACUGCAAUCCAAGUAGAAACAAAGUCAGAUGUUUCGAUAAAAGAUGCACCAAAGACGACCGUUGUGAAUAUCAACGAAAUGUUACCCAAAAAUGUUGAUUCAAUGACAUAUAGAGACAGUGUAACAGGAGUAACGACAGACACCAGAAAGUCAGAUAAAACCCUGACCAACCCUGAAUUCAAAGUGACAAAUAUGAUCCAAACAUACCUCGCAAGAUGCCAUGAACCUCAAAUAAUAUCAUAUAGUAACUUUACAUUACAAGAAAUAAAUCUGGUAAAAGCUUUGGACUCUUUAACAGCUCCAGUAAAUUGUAUAUCGCACAACACUUAUGUACCCAAAGACAAGCAUUGUGACAGUAUAAAGAGUGAUGAGAAUGGACUGAGUCCGUCUAGUGAACAAGCACAAGUCCCAUCACCAGACUGCACAGACAUCACAUCAAACUCUAUAAAACAACUCACAAACACCUUUCAAGAUCAAGCUUGUAAAACACAAGCAUUUGCACAUCCCUCCAAAAAAACACUUCAUUUACACCUUUCGAAUGUGCAUGUAACAGAUUUGACUUCGCAAACCACCAGAAAAGAAUCACAAUUGCCUGCAGCUGUUGUACAGACUCCAACUCCAAAAGGGCUUCCAAAAGAGAUUCUACCUACCCCAGAUUCACGAACGACAUCACCAGACCCACGAACACCUAUACCGGAUUACAGUGAUGGUUACUUCUCACCAAGGGAGGACUCCGCUCUCUCCACCCCCUCUGAAGAGUACUUUGAAUGUAUUGAAUCUCCUUCACAUGAUCCUGUUCUUGACACAAGUGGUUAUCGCAACCAUGGGAUAAAAGAAAAUGAUAGCAUAGCCUACUCAGGUAGUCCUUUUUCAAAAGAUAUUGGGACCAGUCCUGCAGAUCUGGAUAAUAUUCCUAGUGCUGCUGCCUUAGACAGUGCAAGCCAGAGUAUUUCUUGCAAUGAAUCCAGUACUUUAGCUUGGACUGCUGGAGAUCCCUCUGCCUCUUUACGUGGGACAAAAGGGCAAAACAGGGGGUCAAGGGUCACAAAUAAAAGAAAUAGCAAAGAUGCGGCUAAAAUUGAGGUAAAAAGCUGCGACACAGGUAAAAAGAAGGCACCAGAAUACCAGAGCAAGGAAGGGACGGACAAUAAGGAGUUCAACCAAAUGCCUGGGCCUUUGAAAAAUGACAGCGAUUUAAGAGAAAUAAACUUAAAACUCAGCAAGGCCUCAGGGAGGCUGGUUGAUGGAGGCAUGACUGAUGGAGAAUCAAUGCAAAAAGAACCAAAUAGGUUGUCCACUGGUGAACCUAAACCAGAAAGGGUUUUGUCUGAGGGAAAGAACACACCUUCCGGCAUUGAAAAGCCACUGAACCAGGCUGCACCAACCCCCAGCAAUAUGGAGAUAAGACAGAGGCAGCCUACAAGGGAGACAACAGGACAUAAGUCUUUGCAUCCAUCACCCAAAUCUCAGCCACGUCAGCAGCCUGGCAGCAGAGGUCCCUCACCUUCCCGACCAUUGAAGUCCUCUAGACCCUUAUCAGGCUCCCAAGUUCAGAGUGCUCGUCCUUCGGGAAUCCGUGAUCUCAACCAGACAGAAAGCAGGGCUCUUCCAAGUAAUCUCAAAUUAUCGGUUAAUAAACCACCUUCUCGUAGAUCACAAUCCCGAUCCACCUCUCCAAUGAAAGUGGUUCCUAUUGGGGCUGCAUCUGGGAGAAAGCAAGUCUCCCAGAGCCAGCCGCGCCAGCUCGCUCGCCAGCCUCCAGCAGCCCAGAUUCGGUCAAAACCAGACUACCAGCAAAGCCAGACUGCAAAGCCACAGUCUUUUAAUCUGAAGCCUCGGGUCCACACCCAUGCCUCUACGGAAGAAGUGUCUGAACAGGCAGCUCAUGAACUGGAAGAAGCAAGGGGUCCUUUUAAUUUAUCUUUCGGCAGGUUUUACAACUUUAAAGGGCUAAGAGACAAAUGGACCAAGCUGCCAACUCAGAGCAAGAGAAGUAGCACUGGCACACCAGUAAAAGAACGUAAAAGCACAAGCUAGUGAUGUUGAUCCGUCCUCCUGUUAUCAUGUUUUAUGUUACUGAAACAUCAGACCAGAGAAUACGGAUUAAAAACCAUGAGACCAUGCUGAAAAGGGUAUCUUGAGUGGGUGUCUCCAAUUAUUUGUGAAAAUGUCAUGAUGCUUCCUUUUACAAUUCUUUUGAAAGAGUAAGACAAAUGACAGUCUGCUACUUGAGCGCCUGUCAAAACUGCUGUAAAAUUACGGGUUUGACAUCUUAUUUCACGCAUUGUUUGGUGGUGCAUGUGAAUUUGGGUUUAUUGCUCUGUUUAUAUUUUUCUGUAUAAGUAGCAAGGUUUAUUUAAUUGUGUGCUGGAGAGCUUUUUAAACUGAGCUUUCAUGUGAAGUACAGCUGUGUUUUCAACACUGAAAUGUGAUGAAAAUAAUGAACUGCCUCCUCCAACCAUGGUAAACGGUGCUUAUUCAAGCCUAAUUGUCAUGAUAGUUUUACAAGGUUUUUCCAGCUCUGACUCUACUACAGGUUUUGCAAUAAAAUGUUUGAAACAGAA